AUGUAUAUUGUUGAGAUCAAAUUCUGUGGAAACAGACUGGAACUAAAAACUUCAAGAACUAAAGUUCUUGAAGGACCACCAUUGAAACCGGGCCUGGCUGCCGAAGCGGCCUCCGCUAGGGGGCUUCGGCGGGAGGCUCCCCGGGGGCGUCGCCUGCUUCCGCCGCCGCCUCCUUCAGUGAAAAGUCCCUUUUGGGUCCAGCUGCCACAGCUCCCUCAGGCCGGGAGGGGGACACCCCAGGUCUGCGUGGCCCCCGCGCUGCCACGCCCAGUGGCCGCCGGAGCCUUGCGAGCAGGGGGAGGAGCCGCCGCCAGUGGAGGCGGAGGAGGUAGAGGAGGCGGAGACGGCAGAGACGGCGGAGAAGGCGGAGAAGGCAGAGAAGGCGGAGAGGAAGGUGGAGGCGGAGGCGAAGGUGGAGGGGAAGCGGCUGCGGUGGCGGCGGCGGCGGAGAAGGUGGACGCCACGGAGAAGGUGGAGACGGUGGAGGAGACGGUGGAGGAGACGGCGGGGAAGGUGGACGCCGCCGGGAAGGUGGACACGGCGGAGGGUCCCGGCCCCCGGGCUGAGCUCAAGCUGGAGCCCGACCCCGAGCCGGUACGGGAGGCGGAGCAGGAGCCAAAGGGGGAGCCGAAGCCGGAGCUGGAGGAUGAGGAGCCGGCGGCGCGGAGCGUCAGCGGUGCCGGCAGCGGCAACGAGGUGCCUCCCCCUACCCUACCCUCCGACCCACCGCGGCCCCCCGAUCCUUCUCCGCGUCGCAGUCGUGCCCCGCGUCGGCGACCCCGGCCCCGGCCCCAGACCCGGCUCCGUACCCCGCCGCAGCCUAGGCCACGGCCCCCACCCCGGCCCCGACCCCGGCGCGGCCCUGGGGGUGGAUGCUUGGAUGUGGAUUUGCUUCUGGGGCCCCCAGGUUGUUCCCACGUGAAUAGCUUUAAGGUGGGAGAGAACUGGAGGCAGGAACUCCGGGUCAUCUACCAGUGCUUCGUGUGGUGUGGGACCCCGGAGACCAGGAAAAGCAAGGCAAAGUCGUGUAUCUGCCAUGUGUGCGGCACCCAUCUGAACAGACUCCACUCUUGCCUAUCCUGCGUCUUCUUCGGCUGCUUCACGGAGAAACACAUUCAUGAGCACGCCGAGGCUAAACAACACAACUUAGCCGUGGACCUCUACUACGGAGGGGUCUACUGCUUCAUGUGUAAGGACUAUGUGUACGACAAAGACAUUGAGCAAAUUGCCAAAGAAGAGCAGGGAGAAGCUUUGAAGUUACAAGCCUCCACCUCUGCUGAGCUUGCUCACCAGCAGUGCUCAGGGCCUGGCCUGGGUGAGAGGUAUCCGACCUGGGAAACCACCAAACCUGAGUUGGAACUGCUGGGGCACAAUGCGAGGAGGAGGAGGAUCGCCUCCAGCUUCACCAUUGGCCUCAGAGGACUCAUCAACCUCGGCAACACGUGCUUUAUGAACUGCAUCGUCCAGGCCCUGACUCACACCCCCAUCCUGCGCGAUUUCUUUCUCUCCGACAGGCACCGCUGCGAGAUGCCGAGCCCCGAGCUGUGUCUGGUCUGUGAGAUGUCUUCGCUCUUUCGGGAGCUGUAUUCCGGCAACCCGUCUCCACAUGUGCCCUACAAGUUACUGCACCUGGUGUGGAUUCAUGCUCGUCAUCUAGCCGGGUACAGGCAGCAGGAUGCCCAUGAGUUCCUCAUUGCCGCCUUAGAUGUCCUGCACAGGCACUGCAAAGGCGAUGACACCGGCAAGGCAGCCAACAAUCCCAACCACUGUAAUUGCAUCAUAGACCAAAUCUUCACGGGGGGCCUGCAGUCGGACGUCACCUGUCAAGCCUGCCUCGGGGUCUCCACCACCAUUGACCCGUGCUGGGACAUCAGUUUGGACUUGCCUGGUUCCAGCACCUCCUUCUGGCCCAUGAGCCCCGGGAGGGAGAGCAGCGUGAACGGGGAGAGCCACAGCCCCGGCAUCACCACCCUUACGGACUGCUUGCGCAGGUUCACCAGGCCAGAGCACUUAGGGAGCAGUGCCAAAAUCAAAUGUGGCAGUUGCCAAAGCUACCAAGAAUCGACCAAACAGCUCACGAUGAAUAAGCUGCCAGUUGUUGCCUGUUUUCAUUUCAAAAGGUUCGAACACUCAGCCAAACAGAGGCGCAAGAUCACUACAUACAUUUCCUUUCCCCUGGAGCUGGAUAUGACCCCGUUCAUGGCCUCCAGUAAGGAAAGCAGAGUCAAUGGACAGUUGCAGCUGCCGACCAACAGUGGAAGCAAUGAGAAUAAGUAUUCCUUGUUUGCUGUGGUGAAUCACCAAGGAACCUUAGAGAGCGGCCACUACACCAGCUUCAUCCGGCACCACAAGGACCAGUGGUUCAAGUGUGAUGAUGCCGUCAUUACCAAGGCCAGCAUUAAGGAUGUGCUGGACAGUGAAGGGUAUUUACUGUUUUAUCACAAACAGGUGCUGGAACAUGAGUCAGAAAAAGUGAAAGAGGUGAAUACGCAAGCCUACUGAAGGGACAUGCGAGAUCUGACUUUGUCAUGGAAGGUGACGACACCCCUUAACUACAACUGGCAUCCAGAUGUAAAGGAGCUACUAGACUGUGGCCUUAGGGGCCGGAUGGAGUUAACUGAACAGUUACCCAGUGUCCGAAUGGUCCUGAAUGGAAGAGGAU